GAUGCAUUCCCUUGUGUGCGUGCGUGCAACUGUUAUUAGCUCAACCCAACCCCACCAUCCAACUCAUCUCAUAUAAAUCACAGUCAACUCAAUCGUGAAGCCCGAUAACUAUACCGAACAUGGCAGCAAACGGCGAGACACCCUCCAAGGUUGGCGUCAUCUCAAUCGGCGAUAUGGGCGUCGGCAUCGCUAAGCUCCUCGUCGCCAAAGGCUUCCGGGUCGCAACCAACGUCAAAGGCCGCAGUCAAGACACGAUCCAACGCGCCCGCGAAGCAACUGUGGAACUCAUAGACUCAGACCUGGACCUCGCGUCUCAGUGCGCCGUGAUCCUCUCCGUUGUCCCUCCCCGGGACGCCGAGGCGACGGCGGACCGCAUCGUCGACGCCCUCGCCGGCGCCUCGCGCAGCGUGCCCCUCUACUUCGUCGACAUGAACGCCGUCGCGCCCUCGACGUGCAAGUCCGUCGCCUCGUCCUUCGCCCGCGCCUGCGUCCCCGCCCGCUUCAUCGACGCCUGCAUCAUCGGCGCCCCGCCCCGGCCGAAAUCCGCCCCCAACGCCGGCACCAACGUCUCUUCCUCCUCGGCCCCACCGGGCGACGACGACGACGACGACGACGGCUGGUACGUCCCGGGGGUGCCCAUGUCCGGCCCGCACAAGCUGGCCGACCUCUCCCUUCCGGGGACAGAGGACCACGAGACGGAGACGUUCGGGGCCCGCCUCAGCGCCGUCCUCGGCGGGAACCACAUAUCGGCCGAGAUCGGUGCGGCGAGCGGCCUCAAGAUGUGCUUCGCCUCCAUGUCCAAGGGUUUUACCGCCAUCGCCACGCAGGCCUUUACGACCGCCCACCGGAUGGGCGUCCUGGACCAGCUGCGCGGCGAGCUGUCGGCGCGUCUGCCGAGCUACCUCGAAUUCGCCGAGAAGGGCGUCGUGACGAUGCCGCCCAAGGCGUAUCGCUGGGUCCGUGAGAUGGAGGAGAUCAGCAAGACGCACGCCGAGGAGGGCGGCUUCGGACCCGACCUGUUUGUGGGCGCUGCGGGUGUGUACAGGGCGGUAGCCGAGGACUCGCCGCUUGGAGGGGAGAAGAUUGGCAAGAGAAAGAGGGGCAUGACGGUGGAGGACGUGGCGGCGGCCAUAACUGAGGGGUUCGAAAGAAAGAAGAAGAAGACGGACUGAGGCUGGCUGGGGUACCUGCAGGGAAUUACGAGACAAGGAUAUCACAAUGGUCGACGACGUCAAAGUGAAGGGUGUUUCGUCCUGAGAAAUAGUUUCUAUUCAUUCACAUGUUGUUUUCCUUCACACACACACACACACAGCUCGCUCUGAACGCCGUUCAUGCUUAGAAGCAUAACAGAAACCAUGUCCUUCCAACCCCAAAUCCAAUGUUAUAAGCCCGCUCAAUCCUGAUGUUACAUCGCCGUCCACUGUACGCCAUAAAAUAAAUACUCCCUCAUGACAAGUUCAUCUGCAAGUUCGUUCCAUGAACC